CUCUGCCACUCUGCCGCUCCGCCAAUCCGCCACGCACCCGCUCACCCACUACUUGCCACCUUCUUUCCCCAUCCCCUCGGACCCGAGCGGCUCACCCGGCUGUCCGGAAAGCGUACCCUGAGACCCAGCUCCCAGGUACCGGGACCUCGCCUUGCUCCAUCGAGCCCUUACCCACGUACAUAUUACAUACAUAUCCAUACAUCUCGGACAAUGGGGUCGGAGCAGCCGCCCCCCGACGCCCCGCCGCCGUCGCCGCCGCGGCUCCCAGCGCCCGAGCCGGCCGUCGUGAAACUGACGCGCGGUCACUCGUGCGUCCUUUGCCAGCAGCGAAAGGUCCGCUGCGACAAGCAGAAGCCGUGUGCCAACUGCGUCAAGGCCCAGGUCGAGUGCCGGGUUGUCCCACCGCAGCCCCCCCGCCGCAGGAAGAAGAAGCCGCACGAGCGCGAUCUAAUAGACCGCCUGCGCAAAUAUGAGUCCCUGCUAUCCCAGCAUGGCGUCAACUUCGAGCCCAUUGCCCACGAGUUGAAGCCCCUGGACAACGAGGCCGAUGUUGCAGAUUUGGAGCAGGAACUCAUCGGCCUCAAAACGUCCCCCUCCAGCACCACCGACCACUUCUCCCCGGAAAGCGCUCAGGAUAAACAAAAGUGGGUUCCUCUCUCUCAUGAGUACCGUGGGGAUGUGGAUGACGACUCCUCGGACGAGGAGGGCCCAACAUUAAACGAUGCCUUUAACACCGCGUUCGAAUCCAACGACGGCUUCCCGUUCACGGUUGGCGGCUCGCGGGCCAGUGUCAAACACGCCCACCCGUCACCUAUCCAGAUAUUCCAGCUAUGGCAGAUAUAUAUCAGCAAUGUCAACCCCCUCCUCAAAAUCACUCACACACCUACAUUACAAGCACAGAUAAUCAGUGCCGGCGCCAACACGGCCAAAAUACCAGAGCCUUUGGAAGCUCUAAUGUUUGCAAUCUACUUUGCAGCCGUCACCUCCAUGAGCGACGACGAGGUCCACAGCACUUUCGAUGAAGAUAAAAACGUCCUUUUAGCCAAGUACCACAACGCUACCCAACAGGCGCUUGUCAACGCUAGCUUCAUGCGCUCCGACGAGCUAAUGGUUCUACAGGCCUUGUUGCUCUACCUACUCUGUGUUCGACAGUAUGUUGAUCCGCGGUCACUCUUUUGCCUCAUCGGCCUCGCACUGAGGAUAGCGGUCCGGCAGAACCUGCACCGGGACGGAGCUUACCUUGACCCCCCGGAGCCGCCAUUCCAAGCCGAGCAAAAGAGGCGACUAUGGUGGCAGCUUGUAAUUUUGGAUAAGCGCGUGGCAGAGGUCACGGGUUCCCAGAUAACCGCUCUGUCUUCGUGCAGCAGCGACACAAGGCCGCCGUUGAACAUCAAUGACGCCGACCUCAAUGUUGAAGCCAAAUCCCUGCCGAAUCCCUACUCUGGUCCGACAGAAAUGCUCUUCUGCCUCACUAGAGUGGAGCUUACCGUGGCCGUGUCGCCCGAAGCCAUUCGGCGGGCCGCCACCUCCCCGUCAGGAAAGACUCCGCACCACCCGAUACACCAGCCGCGGGUACACUUUAGUCCGACCUCGCCCGACCUGGUUCAGCACGUCGCCAACCAAUACAUGCCUAACGACCUGCCGAGUUUUUGUUCGUACAUGGAAAACUACUAUCUUAAGCACUGCGACCCCAAAGUCCCCUUACACUUUUUCACCUUGUUGAUGACGCGGAUAGCGCUGUCCAAGCUCCGCAUCAUCGACUUCCUCUGUCGGACGCGGGAAACCGACAACAUCGAUCAGCGCGAACGUGAUGCUCACUUUAUGGAGGCCAUCCGCAUGGUCGAGAUGGACAACAUGCUUCAGAGCGCCGAGCUGCUGCAGGGGUUCCGGUGGUACACAAUUCAGUACUUCCCCUUGCCAGCAUAUCUCUACCUAGUAUCCGAAUUGCGCCACCGCACCACGGGCGAACUGUGCGAGCGCGCCUGGAACGUCAUGAUUGAGAAUCACGAGCUCCGCAACAUGCUACGCCGCAACUUCCGUUCCCCUUUGCACAUCGCUUUCGGGCAUUUCUUCAUCAAAGCCUGGGACGCCCGCGAGGCGGCCGAAAUGCAGCGCGGACGAUCGCUCCCCACACCAAAAGUAGUCGUUAUGCUGAAAGGCAUGGCAUCCAAGAUGACCCGGCCUGCUCCCCGUCAACCACCACAACCCCAGGUAUCGAUGGCGGACAGCGGCCUAGUUGCGCCGGACAUGCAACAGGGUUUGAUUCAGCAGCCGGUAGCACCACAGGGGCCAGGCAGCAUGUCCACUGUUGUCAGCGGCGUGAAUGCGGGCUCCUCGGGCCUGCCAACAACAAUGGGCAUGUAUCCUGGUAGGUCGAUGCCCGAGUCGACGACACAGAUUGCCAAUAGUGUUGCAGCGUCCGGUAAUGGCCUUAUGGUGAACGACCCAAUGAUAUUCACGGGAUAUGACGAUACGGACGCUCAGAUGUUUGGCAACGCGGCCGCGGCGGUGACGGCGCCGGUCACCACCGGCCCCUUGGCAAUGCAAGACGUCGAUAUGUCUCCCAUGGAUUGGAAUACUCUGUUGCAGCUCGGUACCUAUGGCGGAUUUAACCCCGGCGUAGGGUUUUAUCCGGGGUUUUAUGCUCAGGGCGCCGGCGCUUCAUGAUGACAAGAUGUUGAAUCAAGAUAUAACCCAAAGAAACGAGAACAUCUAGGUUUCGCUUCGCCAACUCAAUUUUUACUAGAUGCACGAUGUGCUUGGGGAUUGGGAAUACUAUAUUCGAAGUCUGAGUUUUUGGUUGUUCUUAAUCUAAACUGGCUUAUGAAAUAGGAGCAGAGCACGGAUCUAUACCCGGGUAGGUAGGGGAGUGCUCUUCAGGGAGGUGCAACUGCAACCAGGUACGGCGUCACGGAAUCUUUGUCAGGCGGGGUCUCAGGGGGUUCGGUCCGGACCGCAUUGUCCUGGGCUGGGUCAGGAGUUUUAGGCGUACCGUAUCUAGGUGUGCUUGGGCGAGGCUGAGGGAAACUACGAGCGAGCGAUAUUUUU